CAGACAGGGAGGCUGAGAAACAGAGAGACAGCACUGUUGGGUUUCAUUAUAAAUGUUUAGAUAUGGGAAGAAUAAGAGAGCCCAGCCGUACGCAGAGAAGCAGAGGACCAGAGGUAAACAGUGAAAUUAGGUUUUAAUAUAGCAGGGUUAUAAACUCGGAAGCUGUAGGAGCAGUCAGCUACUGUACUGGGAAGGUCCUGGUCUUUCCAUUAACCUCAAUUGGACCAAGACGUCCCCUCAGACUGGCCAACAGACUUAUUGAGCUUCUCGCGCUUCCCUUGGUGUAGAGGCCGCAGGCCAACUACAGAACCAUGGGGCUUAACAAUACCUUGAUGCCACUGUAUAACUUCACGCCAGCAUCGAUGCCCACGUUCACCACGACCGGCAACACCUCCACCGUGAGCCGGGAGCCAUACAUGCACCGCCUGGCCCACCUGGACGAGGGUCUCUACAAUGACUUCUACAGCCUGUGGAUCGCCCUGGUGGUGGUCAACACGGUUAUAUUUAUGGUGGGCAUGGUCCUCAACACCCUAGCCCUGUAUGUCUUCUGCUUCCGCACCAAGCCCAAGACCACCUCAGUCAUCUACACCAUCAACCUGGCUGUCACAGACCUACUGGUGAACCUGUCGCUGCCCACGCGAAUCAUCCUCUACUACAGCGGGGGCAAGUGCCUGAACUGCUCCUAUGUGCAUAUAUUUAGCUACUUUGUUAAUAUGUACUGCAGCAUCCUCUUCCUCACCAGUAUAUGCGUGGACAGGUACCUGGCGAUAGUGCAAGUGGAGGCCUCUAGGAAGUGGAGGAACCCUGCUGUGGCCAAGGGAGUGUGCGUACUAAUCUGGCUGUUCGCUAUUGUGGUCACCUAUUCGUUCCUCACCACGGCCUUCAGGCACGCGGGUUGCUGCAUCUCCAAGCUCGUCGCCCUCACCGUUUUUGAGUUCUUCCUGCCCUUCGUGGUCAUCGUGGCGUUCACAGUGCGCAUCAUGUGUGCCCUGUCCCACUCCAGUCUGAUGCAACAGAGCAGAGAGAGACGCAUGCGGGCAGUGCAACUGCUCACCACGGUGCUGGUCAUCUUCACCGUCUGCUUCACGCCGUUCCACGUGCGCCAGGUGCUGGUGUAUUUCUACCCGGACAUGUCUCACCAGGUCAUUGUCUAUCACGUCACUGUCACCCUCAGCAGCUUGAACAGCUGCAUGGACCCAGUCGUCUACUGCUUCAUCACCAACAACUUUCAGUCCACGAUGAGGAGCUUCUUCCGAAAGGAGGAGGUCGAGCAGACCAGCGGGGACGUCAUCAGCAUGCAGAAAAGCUCCAAGGGCUCAGGGACUGUCACAGCUAUUGCUCACAAUGUGAUAAUGAUGAACGUUCUGUCUUCAUCUCCCCAGUGAAGGAAACCACAAAUUAUGGAAUGGGCUGUGCGGGGUUCGUGGAAAGGUGUGCAUUUUGCCUAAAUGUUAGACCACAAUGCAUCUUUCUAAUCCGAACCAAGAUAUUUGUGAAAAUGUUAACUAAAAUAAUGGUAGGAAAAUAGUUGCGGCGGCUGAUAGUCUGGUUUGUACAGCUUGGCCAGUAAGUGAAAGGUUGCUGAUUUGAAUCUGAGGGUCUACUUAAUCGUAAUUCCACCAGUAAGUUGCUAUGGAUAUAUGAGUAUCAAAUACAUGAUUAAACUAGUUGCUAUACUAGUUGCUCCUGUAUAUAUUUUUACCAUACUGUACAAUUAUAAUUUGAGGAGUUUUUUUUUUACUUUAUCCUGUCCCAUAUAUUUUGGACCGCAGACAAAAUAGCCAACAGUAGCCUAAUGUUCUAACAGAUUGCAUUUGAUACCAAAUUUGUAUUUCUAAGAAACAGCUUCUUACUGUACGUGUGAAAUGUUUGUCACAAGAUAUUCUCUUCAGCCUCCUCAGCUCUGAAAACUGAUUUAUACAAACCUCACAGUACACUUAUAUUAACUUUAUUAGGUACACCUGCUCUGCAAAUAGGCAGAUAUAGGGAAUCAUGUGGCUGCAACUUGUUAUAUCUAAAGCAUGUAGAUAUGGUCAAGAGGUUUAGUUGUUGUUUGACCAAACAUUAGAAUGGGCAAGACUUAUGAUGUAAGGGACUUGGAGCGGUAUGAUUGGUGCCAGAUGUGGUGAACCCAAUGAAGUGGCUGGUGUGUGCAUUACAAAUAUUACCCAACCAACUGUCCAAAGCAUGUUA